AUGGACCUUCCCGUGGUCAAUGACGUUAUCUCUGUGUACGACACCUCGCAGGUGCCGACGCUCGAUGAGGAUGUUCGUCACCACUUGAUCCAGUUUGGCGAGCCAGAGGUUGUUGCUGGUGAGACGAUUGGCGACCGGCGAGACCGGCUCAUUGCCAAGGCGCAGGAACUCGAUUACCACUUUGUCGAUGGCGAUGUGGUGAUGGCUGACGAAGAAGAAGAUGCCGAAGAGGAAGAUUACUAUACCCCGGGUAAUAAACUGCUUGUGGAUGUGCGCAAUCGAAUUUUACAGCUGUCUCUCCCCCAGGCUAAGGUUAGAGUGGAACGAGAGUACGCUCAUUACCAACAGGAGACGACCCAUCCAGUACAACUACUCAAAUUCCGAAGAUCACUUACCAGCCACCUAAAGUCAUUAGCCAUUGCUGGAACUGCUUCAAUAACGGGUAAUACGCGGGCUAUUUCUGUCACUCGCUACCUGCCAUCGAAUGAACUUAUUGCUUGUGGCCUGUGGAACGGUUGCGUCUAUAUCAUGGACCCACAAAACUUACAAGUGAAACACCAAUCGGUACCUGGUCACCAUAGCGAGAAAGUAAGCGGGCUUCUGUGGCUUGACUCUCAGCGAUUAAUCACAGGGGGCGGUGAAGGCAAAUUGAAUUUGUGGAAAGUGGGUGAGGAAUACUUACACCCACUGACGACCAUUGAAGCUCAUGAAAACCGAAUCACUAAAGUAGUGGUUCACCCCCAUAUCAAGGAGUAUGUGAUGCUGGCGUCAAGUGAUCACACUUGGAAGCUCUUUGAUAUUACCAAACAAGAAGAACUCUGUGCAUUUGAGGGUCACUCACGUGAAGUGUACGGUCUUGGUUGUCACCCUGAUGGGUCAGUGGUGGCUCUGGGUGGUCUAGACGGGAUUACUAGGUGGUGGGACUUACGCAGUGGUCGUAACAUUAUUACCGUACAUGGUCAUGCGUCUGGCGUCUACUCACUUGAUUUCUCGCCAUUUAAUAGUCUUGUGGCCACGGCUAGUGGAGAUGGCACCGUCAAGAUAUGGGAUAUGAGGCGAUUAGAUGCUAAGAACCAAGAAUUGGCAACUAUCCCCGCCCACACUAAACUCGUUAGUGACGUCAAGUGGUAUUAUGGUAAGCUUCCUAAGCCGCAAACGUUUACGGAUGAGAAUGACGAAAACCCCACCACAUUCUCUGCUGAGGGUAAGUUUUUAGUUAGUGGUUCUUACGAUUGGACGGUGGGCGUCCACAAUGCUGAUCUGUGGAUUAAAGUCGCUAGCUUAGAAGGUCACACCGACAAGGUGAUGUCGGUGGAUAUUGCUACUGAUGGUGGAAAGCUUAUUCUGGCGGGCUGGGAUCGCACCAUAAAGAUGUGGCAGGUGGACUGA